AUGAAUAAUAACCACGCACAUAUGAAUGGGAAUAGUACUGCUCAUGUGAAGGUUCGACCUGCCUCGCAUGCUGGAUCAUGGCAUGCUGGAUAUACUUACUGUGGAGAGACAGCUGUUUCAAAAUAUGCCACUCCACUUGGUGAUCUCAACGUCGAUUCUUUUGUCAGUGAACAACUUAUCAACUCUCACGGUUCUGAUGCAUUUGAAUGGAUGUCGACGAGAAAUGAGGAAGCUGAACAUAGUUUGGAAAUGCAAAUGCCUUUUAUUGCUAAAAUUAUGGAAAGCCGCCCCCUUGGAAGCUUCAAAAUUGUGCCAAUACUUGUAGGCUCAUUAAGUACUACACGCCAACAAUUUUAUGGACGUAUUUUUGCCAAUUAUCUUGCCGAUCCAACAAAUUUAUUUGUUAUUUCUUCUGAUUUUUGUCAUUGGGGUCAACGUUUUCGUUAUACCCCAACGGAAUCAGCAGGUGCUCGACCAAUUUACGAACAAAUUACAACACUUGAUAAACAGGGAAUGGAUGCAAUAUCAACUUUGGACCCUUCAAUGUUUAAUGAAUACCUCAAAAAAACUCAAAAUACAAUUUGCGGUCGAAAUCCAAUUUGUGCCUUUAAUCAUUAUCAACAAACAAAUAAUGUGACAGCAGAACUUCGAUUUUUGAAAUAUGCUCAAUCAAAUAAGGUUCGCUCAUUAACUGAUUCAUCAGUUUCAUAUGCCGCAGGUGCCCUUUUCAUUAAUCCGCGCAAUUGA